AUGACAGUCGUGACAGCGCAAUCGGUAAGCAAUUCCGGUGCAGCACCACUAACAAUACCAGUGGGAACCUCCGGAUGGGGCAAAUUUUCGCUCCUACUGUGGAAAAACUUCCUGCUGCACUGGAGGAGCAAAGUGUCGAGCCUGGUGGAGAUUUUCAUUCCACCUCUGUUCAUGCUGCUGCUGGUGGGACUGCGCAGCUUGACCGAAAUCGAACACGUCCCACAUGUGUCCGUCUACCAGCCGUUGGAUAUCGCCAAUUUCAGCGCUAUCAGGAACAAUAUGGCGCUUCCGUUCCUAAACACUCUUGCCUUCUCGCCCGAUGGUCCUGCGUUGCGCUCCCUUAUGACUCCGGUUGGCGAAUGGGCGAAUUUGAACGUGCAUCCGCUCCCGAACGGCACGGCUCUACAGAACUUCCUGAUCGCCAGCAACGCGUUCGCCGGCGUAGAGUUUGACAUCCGGCUCAACGGGUCGAGGACGCUUCCGGAACGACUGAACUAUCGGUUGCGGUUUCCCGGUGAACAGCGAGCUCAGUUCGUGGUGGGCCACAGUUGGCAAACGGACCGUCGAUGGGGUCCGCGGCCCGAUGGUGGAGCGCGAUUCUCCGAAGACAGCGAUGGAGGACCCGCACCGGGUUACUUCCGUGAGGGUUUCCUCUCGAUUCAACACUUUAUCUUCAAGGCGUUCGUCGAGCAGCUGAAAGUGAUCCCGGACCCGGUCCCGGAUAUAUACCUGCAGCGAUUUCCGUACCCACCGUUUCGAGAGGAUAGCUUCCCGUCUAGUUUGACCACGUUCCUGCCGAUCUCGGUGAUGCUCGCAUUCAUCUACCCGUGCAUCAGCAUCGUGAAGAGUAUCCUGUUCGAGAAGGAGAAGCAGAUCAAAGAGGCGAUGAAGAUCAUGGGCCUUCAGGGCUGGGUCCUGUGGAGUUCGUGGUUCGUGAAGUGUUUUGUGUUUGUGCAGGUGUCGAUCGUGCUUGUGGUGGUAUUCCUUAAGGUGCCAUGGUACACGACACCCCACGUGUCCGUGCUGACGUACUCCGACUGGGGCGUGAUCUGGCUGAUCUUCUUUGUGUACGGGCUAGCGAUCAUCACGUUCUCGUUCAUGCUGAGCACGCUGUUCUCGAAGGCCAACUCGGGUGGUGCUGUGGCGGCGAUCGUGUGGUUCCUCGCGUUCGCCCCGUACAUCAUCAUGGUGCAGGACUACCGCAAUCUUACUGCGUCUCAGAAGCUGGGCGCCUCGCUGUUGCUGAACUCCGCCAUCGGGUUUGCGAUGCGGUUGGUUGGCGUGUAUGAGGGCACAACCCACGGUGUCCAAUGGUCGACGCUUUUCCACGACAGCGAAGUCGACGACAUCAACCUGGGCCAGAUGCUGUUGAUGCUGCUUGGAGACGCCGUCAUUUACAUGCUGAUCGCGCUCUACAUCGAGCAGGUGUUUCCGGGCGAUUUUGGGCUGGCGCAACCCUGGUACUUCCCUGUCUCGAAGCGGUUCUGGUGUGGCGAGCGGCCAACCUCCGAUGAACCCGCUGCUGGUCCAGGAGACCCCAACAAGACGAACGACAACAUCGAAGCCGACCCGAAGGGACGAGUUCCACGCAUCAAAAUUCAGGACCUCCGCAAGGUGUACUCCAGCAAGAAGGUUGCGGUGGAAGGACUCACCUUCAACUUGUUCGAGGGCCAAAUAACAGCCCUGCUCGGGCAUAACGGUGCGGGCAAAACGACCACCAUGUCGAUGCUGACCGGCAUGAAGCGUCCUAGCUCGGGAACGGCCCUCAUAAUGGGGCACGACAUCCGCACGGACAUGGCAGCUGUGCGGUCAUCGCUUGGGUACUGUCCCCAGCACAAUAUCCUCUUCGAUGGGCUGACGGUGCGCGAGCAUUUGUACUUCUAUGGUCGGCUGAAGGGCUUGUCGAAGCACCAAACACGGAACGAGGCUGAUCGGUACAUUAAGGCGCUCGAGCUGGAUGAUAAAGCGAACGUUCGCUCGGAUAGCCUGUCAGGUGGGAUGAAGCGCAAGCUGUGCGUUGGUAUUGCCCUGUGUGCUGGCUCGCGGGUUGUCCUAUGCGAUGAGCCCACGUCUGGGAUGGAUCCUGCGGCUCGUCGGGCUCUGUGGGAUCUGUUGAUCGCUGAGAAAGCCCGCCGGACUAUGAUCCUCUCGACGCACUUCAUGGACGAGGCGGAUAUGCUUGGUGAUCGGAUCGCAAUCAUGGCAGAUGGCCGUCUGAAGGCGGUUGGAUCGUCGUUCUUCCUGAAGAAGAAGUACGGUGUCGGUUACAGGUUGAUCUGCGUGAAAAGUUCGGACUGCGAAGCCGAGCUGGUGACUGAGGUGCUCCGUAAACACAUCCCCUCCAUCCAGGUGGAAUCGAACAUCGGCUCGGAGCUGUCUUACCUGUUGCAAGAAGCCCACUCGAGCGGUUUCCAGCAGUUGCUCGAGGACCUCGAGAACUGGGGCCCCGGGCUGGGGAUCUGUGAUUUCGGCAUAUCGCUCACAACGCUCGAGGAGGUGUUCAUGAAGGUGGGUUCGGACGCGAUCGAGCCCCAGCAGCCAACAGCGGAUGAUGCGAGUCUGCACAGCAUGCACUCGUACAGAACAGGAAGUGACGUCGAGUCGCGCACGACACUUGAAGAUUACGAGCUACUGGAGGGUGCCCGACUGUUCCUGUACCAGCUGUGGGCUUUGUUUCUGAAGAAAAUCUACCAAACCUCACGCAACUGGUUUCUGUUGGUGGUACAGGUGCUUAUACCGGUGUUGUUCGUCGCGGUCACGAUUGCAGUCGUGCGGAAUUGGGGUGGAUCUGGCGAUAUGCCCGCCCGUCCGCUCGGCCUACGUUUCUACAACCCAUCGGUCACGCUGAUCCAGAAGGAACCGCCGAACAUGGCUGGACCGUUGGAUAGCUUGAUCUUCGACAGUUAUAUGCAACUGUCCAGAAACAUCUCAAGUAUGCCGAUCUGGUUCUACGGCCAGUGGAUGGAGGACGUGUUCCUUCAUUUCGCUGAUUUGAGCCUCAUGAUGGUCAAUCGGCAGUUUAUCGUCGGUGCCAGUAUAUUGCGGGAUAAUCUGACGGUGUGGUUUAACAAUGAGGCACUCCAUUCGCCACCGGUUGCCUUGCAGAUGAUGCACAAUGCGAUUCUGCGAGCUUACACCAGGACACCAUCGCACAACAUCUCGCUCACCAACUUCCCGCUGCCGUACACCGACGAAACCCGGCUGCAAUUGAUGCGGACGUUCAACAACCUCGGCUUCCAGCUGGCUUACUACACCGGCUUUGCGAUGUCAUUCGUGAUUGGGUUCUACGUGAUAUUCUACAUCCGUGAGUGUGUCACCAAAGCGAAGCUACUGCAGAUGGUGAGCGGCGUAAACCGGUUAACCUACUGGUUGACGGGCUUCAUCUGGGAUUACCUGACGUACGCGUUCGUGUGCGUGUUCAUCAUCGUGACGGUGGCGAUUUUCCAGGAGCCAGGCUUCAGCACCGGCGGUGAGGUGUUCCGGCUCUACUCGGUGUUCCUGUUCGUCGGUGUGCCCGCUUUACCGCUCACGUACAUCGUGACGCUGUACUACAACGUGGCACCGGCCGCUUUCAUCAGGAUAAGUGUGGUGUACAUCGUCACCGGUACGGCGCUGUUCAUCUUCGUGUACCUGCUUGGUACGGACAUGUUCGAGUUGGAGGAGUUGUCUGAGGUGCUGUCGAACGUGUUCCUGAUAUUCCCGCAUUUUGCGCUCUGUGAUGCGAUCGUCAACCUGAGUCACAUGUCAGUCACGAUGGACACGUGCAACGCGGUGCGUCCGCCAGGUGUCCCACAGAUGCCGAUCUGCGACGAUCAGCUGUACUACUAUCAGUGGGAUCGUCCUGGAAUUGGGCGCCAUCUUACGUACUGCCUUGUCAUGACGGCCGUGUACUUCGUGGUGUUGCUGUUGCUCGAUUUCAAGGUGUUGAAGCUAGUCGUGCAGAAGGUGCGAGAGUGCUACCAUCGCUACCGCUACAAGACGGAUGCGAGCAAAUCUUCCGGUGAGCUUGAUUCGGAUGUGCAACGGGAACAGGAACGGAUCGCCGCCAUGACGGUGGAGGAGCGAUCACGCACCAACCUAGUAGCGCGGGAGAUGACGAAAUACUACAACCGAUUCCUGGCCGUCAACCAGCUCAGUGUGGGCAUCAACAGCUCAGAGUGUUUCGGGUUGCUGGGUGCGAAUGGAGCGGGAAAAACGACCACCUUCAAGAUGCUGUCCGGCGAUGAGUCGAUAUCGCUCGGAGAUGCCUGGAUCAAGGGUCACAGCUUGAAGAGCGAGCUGAAGCGAGUCCACCAGCACAUCGGUUACUGUCCGCAGUUCGACGCGCUGAUCGAGGACCUGACGGGGCGCGAAACGUUGAAGCUUUUUUCGCUACUGCGUGGUGUGCCACGUUCUCUUAUUCCAGCGGUAAGCCAGUACCUUGCGCAUGAGUUCAGCUUCACGAAGCACCUUGACAAGCAGGUGAAAGCGUACAGUGGUGGCAACAAGCGCAAGCUAAGUACGGCGCUUGCAAUGCUCGGGAACCCGUCUGUGGUGUAUCUGGACGAACCGACGUCCGGGAUGGAUCCGGGAGCUAAGCGAAAUCUCUGGAACGGCGUGUGCCGGGCCCGGGACAGUGGCAAAACGAUCGUGCUCACCUCCCACAGUAUGGAGGAAUGCGAGGCACUCUGCACGCGGCUCGCCAUCAUGGUAAAUGGCGAGUUUAAGUGCAUCGGAUCAACGCAACACCUGAAGAACAAGUUCUCGCAGGGCUUCGUGCUGACGAUAAAAGCCAAACGCGUGGAUAACGGAGGUGUAAAAGCCAAGGAGUUGAGCCCGGACACGUGCGACCUGCAGGACAUCAAGGAAUACAUCGUCAUGCAGUUCCCGGAAUCACACCUCAAGGAGGAAUAUCAGGACUUGCUGACGUACUACAUCCGUUCGAAUGGCAUGAAAUGGUCGCACAUAUUUGGUGUGAUGGAGCAGGCAAAGGGUCAGCUGAACAUAGAGGACUAUUCGAUCGGGCAAACGAGCCUGGAGCAGGUGUUCCUAGCCUUUACGAAGUACCAAAGGGAAUAA